CCCCACGGGGCUAGCACUGACGUGUCUCUCGGCUGAGGUGCUCUGCUCCGGAGCGGGCCCCGUCUCCUCAUUCGGAGCGGAGCGAAGCCGAAGCGGGACCCGGAGCCCAAGCAGCCGCCGCCAUGGCGAUCAAAUUUCUGGAAGUCAUCAAGCCCUUCUGUGUUAUCCUGCCGGAAAUUCAGAAGCCAGAGCGGAAGAUUCAGUUUAAGGAGAAAGUGCUGUGGACAGCCAUCACCCUCUUUAUCUUCUUAGUAUGCUGCCAGAUUCCCCUGUUUGGUAUCAUGUCUUCAGACUCAGCCGACCCUUUCUACUGGAUGAGAGUGAUUCUAGCCUCUAACAGGGGCACACUGAUGGAGCUGGGCAUCUCUCCCAUCGUCACGUCCGGCCUUAUCAUGCAACUCUUGGCUGGUGCCAAGAUCAUUGAAGUUGGUGACACUCCCAAAGACCGAGCUCUCUUCAAUGGAGCCCAAAAGUUGUUCGGCAUGAUCAUUACCAUCGGCCAGUCUAUCGUGUACGUGAUGACGGGGAUGUACGGGGACCCUUCUGAGAUGGGCGCCGGCAUCUGCCUGCUCAUCACCAUCCAGCUCUUUGUUGCUGGCUUAAUUGUCCUACUUUUGGAUGAACUUUUGCAAAAAGGGUACGGCCUGGGCUCUGGCAUCUCCCUCUUCAUCGCCACCAACAUUUGCGAGACCAUCGUCUGGAAGGCCUUUAGCCCCACCACGGUCAACACUGGCCGAGGAAUGGAGUUCGAGGGCGCCAUCAUCGCACUCUUCCACCUGCUGGCAACACGCACGGACAAAGUCCGAGCCCUGCGAGAGGCCUUCUACCGCCAGAACCUCCCCAACCUCAUGAACCUGAUCGCCACCAUCUUCGUCUUCGCCGUGGUCAUCUAUUUCCAGGGCUUCCGGGUGGACCUGCCCAUCAAGUCCGCACGCUACCGUGGCCAGUACAACACCUACCCGAUCAAGCUCUUCUACACCUCCAACAUUCCCAUCAUCCUGCAGUCCGCCCUGGUGUCCAACCUCUACGUCAUCUCCCAGAUGCUGUCAGCACGUUUCAGCGGCAACCUGCUGGUCAGCCUGCUGGGCACCUGGUCUGAUACAUCCUCCGGGGGCCCCGCACGUGCUUACCCAGUUGGUGGCCUGUGCUACUACCUGUCCCCUCCGGAGUCGUUCGGUUCCGUGCUGGAAGACCCGGUCCACGCUGUGGUGUACAUCGUGUUCAUGCUGGGCUCCUGUGCCUUCUUCUCCAAGACGUGGAUCGAGGUCUCAGGCUCCUCCGCCAAAGAUGUUGCAAAGCAGCUGAAGGAGCAGCAGAUGGUGAUGCGGGGCCACCGCGAGACGUCCAUGGUCCAUGAGCUCAACCGGUACAUCCCCACGGCCGCAGCCUUCGGCGGGCUCUGCAUCGGGGCCCUCUCGGUCCUGGCUGACUUCCUGGGUGCCAUCGGGUCUGGAACUGGGAUCCUGCUGGCAGUCACCAUCAUCUACCAGUACUUUGAGAUCUUCGUGAAGGAGCAGAGCGAGGUUGGCAGCAUGGGCGCACUUCUAUUUUGAGCAAGAGGCUGCUUGAGCUGCUGGAAGGAGCCCCACCGCAGAGGGUACUGCUGCGGCCUAUGGACUCGUGUUUAAUGAUGGCUUUUUCUGAUUUCAUAUUCCUUAAAUCCACUGUGUAAAGUGCUAGAAAUUUUCCAAUUUGAAAUUUUGCUUUUAGUUUUCCAGCAUUGGCAAAAAAACUUAAAAGGAAGGGAAGCGCUCGUCAGCUGGCCACCAGAGCCUGGGUGGUAAGCAACUGUCUCAAGUGUCCAUGUCACUUUUUUCUGAACCCUCGCAGCUGCAGGGGUCCCCGCUGUCCCCCUCAUGGGUGGGCAGUGUCCUAUUCCAUUUGGAAGCACAAACACUGAAACUCCUUCAGGGUGACGCUGGAGCAACAUGUGGCCUCAGAGCCCCGGCUGUCUCCUUCACUGUCACCUGGGAGGCUGGCUUAAGACUGUUCUGUACGAGACUCGACUCCCCUUUCCACAUAAGGUCUUUGGGCAGAGCUCAGAGGCACACGGUCCCUGGGACUGAGCGCACACACCAUGGUUUCUUCCUGAAAGUGCACCAAGCGGGCUGCCUGGUCCCAACACUGCCUGUUGUGCUGUCUCCUUGUGGCUGCGCUCACUCCUCCCCUCCGUCCCCAGGGAGGGGAGCCACUAGCCACUGCCAGACGCAGGAAAGGCUCAGUGUUCCAAGCCAUUUCCGCCUCCCACUCGUGUUUUAGAAUCUCUUCUUGCCCAGAUGCAAGCAAGCAGAUGACAAGACACCACCGGUCUCCUGGCCAUCACCAGGACCGUGAGUGGGGAGCAGGUGUGCAGCCGAGGUCAGGGUCAUGGUGGGGGGUGUCCUGGAGACACUACUGCAGCAUGAUUGAAGACUCACAGCUAUGUCUGAAGUUAGCUCUGUCUAGGGCCAGUGACAGAUGACAGGGCAACCCCUCUGGCCUUGGGUAGGCCCUUGGGACAGGAACAGGAUCUGGGCUGAGUUUAGAUGAAGGUGGGACCAGGGUACUUGGCACCCUCUGGCUUCUUCCUGCCCGAGACCUCACUGGCAGUGCUGAUUGGCAACAGCACAAGCCAGAGUGGGCAGGUCCCUCCCCACAGCCAGGGCUUACACCAGUGAUGGCCAACCUACCGCAAGUGUGCCACAGCGGGCCGUUUGUGUUUUUGAAAGCUCAGAGGUUCGCCAUUGCUGGCUUACACCAUAUCACACGUGGCCUUGUCAGACCCAGUCCUGGGCAGCCAUCCCUGUGCCCUGUGCCACCACAGCUGGGCUCACCCCUGUGGUUGGCAGUCACGGGGUGGGUAGGGGCUGAUCCUGGCUUCCAGGGACUGUCACUGUGGAUGCCAGAAUGGCACAACUGAGAUGCAGUGAAUAUGAUGAAUAAAGCCAACUUUUUACAA